GCUAUUUAUAAGUUUCCAACUCAACUCUGCCCUACAAAUAGACUGCCCUCGAAUCCUGAAUUCAAUUCUGUUUGAAACUAAUCUAACUGUCAGCCUGUUCCCUUUCAACUCUGAAAUUGUAUGACAGACCGAUGAGAUCACAUCGCCGUUCUACAACCACUCACCUCACGCCUUGUUCAACAAACACAUAGUAUCAUGAAGCUACCAGACCUAACCGCGGAACUCAUCGACCAUAUCUUUGCUACUCUAUUGGAUCUUAUAGGGCCACCAAAGAUCAUACGCCUGCGUGUUGUCAACCAAUUCUUCGCCGAUUCUAUCAUUCAUGCUCUGACAGACAGUUAUAUCGGAUCUCGAAAUGGAUCCUUUCACUGCUGGCUUGAUAAAUGGAUCAUACCUCCCGAGAAUAGGGUCAGCCAUCGUUGGGGCCACUACCGACGAGUUUCGCCACCCAUGAUGAGUCGUUUCAUCGAAGCCCGAAUGCAAUCGGCCGAUGUCGAACCAGCUCUUCAAUGUUUGAGGCAUGUACUUAAUGCAAUCCAUGACAUAUCUCCUGUGCCAGAUUUGGAGAGAACACAACUUGCUCUGCAGGUGUAUGAAGCUGCGGCCGACUAUCUCGACUGGGACAUGGAUCAUAAGUUUGCACAGAGCUGGCCCGGAUGCAAGACUCGCAUGGAAUCCGAACAGGUGGAUGAAGAGAGACAAACUCUAUUAUGCGCCUUCAUUAUCAUUAAUCAUAUGCCAACAGUCCAACUUCUACUCGAAGAUGACAAAAUCGAUAUCAAUUUUGAAAGCCCAAUCUUCGGCAGGACUUUACAAUUAGCUGCACGAUGGGGUCGCGCCGACCUUGUGAAGAUCCUGCUGUCUCGAGGUGCAGAUCCAAGGGCCGUUCAAGUGGAUGCACGUCUUCUGGCCGCUCCAGAUGAGAUACAAGGCAAACUGUGGGGUGAUUUUUACAGUACUCACGGUAAUGCUCUCGGCGUAGCAGCACUUGCUGGACACAUCGGGAUAGUGCACACCUUACUCGAAACCCAGAAGGAUUUACCAUUGGAUGAAAGAUUCUCCGAUUGUUGCUACGGUCUAAUCUCCGCAUGUCGUGGAGGGAGCAUCGAAGUGAUCGAAGCAUUGCUCGCGACACUCCCAGAUAUUCCACUACAUGAGAAAACCCUGAUGUUUCUUACAGCAUGCAGACAAGGUCGUCUAGAAGUUGUGAAGAAGAUGAUUAGCAUGGGUGUUCCGGCAGACACUGAACUUACGCAGUUCGCGUUAGGAUGUCCACGUUCUGGCCUUCAGAUGGCAGCGAUGCGAGGCUUUACAGAGAUCGUCCAAUUUCUGAUUGAUAAUACGCCUAGUCUAUACAACCGGCCGGAAAUGAGGCUCUUCGAGAUCAAACCUGCCAUGGAUCUUGCUGUACAACGAGGACAUCUCGAAUGCGUUCGUAUUCUAUACAAAGUUGGAGACUUCUCAAAAUACACAUUGAAGUCCUGGCUGAUGGGGGGUGCCAUGCCACACACUCGUCUUAUUCGACCUCUUAUUGAUCUUGGAGUGGAUUUUAAUAAGCUUGCCUAUGGAAAAUCAAUCUCAGUCGCUAUGGAAGCUCUGUUGGAUGCGGCGGAGAAGAAUCGUGAGCCAGUUGCAAGGGUACUGUUGGAGUUGGGGGUCCCACCGAAUAGCGAUGAUCAGCACAACAAUCCAGUCCUGCGUGCAAAGCUUUACGGUAGUCGUGAUGUUCUGAGAACACUAUUGGAGUUUGGCGGUGUUGAUAAAGAUCUGUCUGACAGUAUCUAUGCUACUGAAGUUGAAAGUGGCAAAGUGCCCUUCCCGCGACCAAAGGGAGGAGGGGGCUGUGGGGAUGGGGACCCCAGUGGAUGGCGUGGAAGAGAUUUUUAGCUGUGUUGGAGAUAGAGAAAUACCGUGAUCAUGGCCAGUUCAAAGGGGUAGCUAAGCUACAAGCAUUCUUUGAAAUUCAGGACUAAGUCUCAAUUUCACUUUCUCAGUCCUGUUUCAGGCCACAUUAAAACAACCUCGACGGCCAAGUGAGACUAGCUGAUUAAUGAUUACAGGUAUGUCACCGCAGAAGCUCAAUAUAUUUGGUACGGCUAAAAUAACCGACAAAAGCAUUUUUAAAAAAUAUCAUCCAGAAAACUCCAUCCGACAUACCUCAGAAACAACAGAACAAUACCAAAAGCCGCAAGAGAAAUCAUUUCUAAAUUCUCAAAACUUACCUCCUAAAAGGUCGAAUUUCAAAUAAUCCCAAACCAUCCGAAUACAAACAAGGAAGCCGAACUCAAAGAGCCUCAUCCAAUCUGGAUUGCUAUGUCGGGUCCAUUGAUUCUGUUGUGGGUCACGUGCACUAGCUUAGUUACCUACAUUAGGAGAGCCCUACGCUCUCUUUCUCCUUUCUCUCCUUAGAUGUACUAAUACUAUAUAAUUCAGCCCCUGAGACCCCUCUAGCAGCUAAGUAUAAGGUUUAUAUAGUAGUAAUUCUAAUAACUCUUAAAACUCGA